AUGACUGGAUCAAACUAUUUUGAUCUGAUUGAUGCAUCUAAUUACUUUACUUCUGCUGCUCCUGUCUCUGCUAUCAUUAUCUGCUGUCUGCAUUCUGCUCCUGCUCUGCCAACUACUGCUGCUGCCCUAUCAUCACCAUCACUAUCCACUACUGUCUCUCUGCCUCUCCCCAGCACCAACAGGGUCUCCACCCAUCAAAUAGCAGGAGAAGAAGAAGAAGAAGAAGAAAAAGAAGAAAGAGAAGAAGAAGAAGAGAAAGAAAAAAAAGAAAAAGAGAAUUAUAAUAAUAACAAGAAUGAUAAUAAUAAUAAGAACAAUAAUAAUAAUAAUGAUAAUAAACUUAUCAUUUAG